UGGCCACGUCCUGUGUUGCUGCUCAGUUUGGCCACACCAACUUGUGAGUCUAUUUUGGUACUUUUCAGCUCACUAUCAGGAGCCCGUCUGCACCAUUUGAACAUGGAUCGGAGGACUGAGACACUAUGCAGAUGGUGGUUGGUCCACUGGUCCUGACUGGACUCUUAUACUCAGCAUGACAAAGGUCUUAAUAAGGAAAUUUGGACAGCCCACUCUUAAUCCAACAUCAACCUUCUGAAGAAGUUACCCAAAGAGUCUGAAGAGCUCAGCUGACACAGGUGACGCAUGAGUCAGAAAGAAAGGUACAGACACCAUGAGCUGUGUGGAAAAGCGCCACACCAGUCACCGCAUGGGUAGCAUGCUCCACCAUCGCUUCCCCAAUAGCUUCAACGAUUUGUUCAUGGAUGAAACAGAUCGUGAGGUCAGCACCCUGACAGAUCGGGCCUUUCGGAGUCUUUGCAUUGGAGAUGAGGCGGUUUACAGUGACGAGUUGUUGCAUGGAUACUCGCCUUUUAGCUGCCACAAACCGUUAGCGGAAGAACCCCUUAAAAAGACUCAGAAGGAAGCCAAAAGACAAGCAUAUCUGCGCCAAAAUGACAAAAAUGAUGCACAACCAUGGAAAGAGCAGCAAGAGAUGUCACACAUGUCAUCUUUCCUCAAGGCAUUGAGUGCCACAGAGGGAAGCUGCGGGGGAAUAUUGAUGAAAAAUGGAGGUGUGACAGACACUAACGGGGAAUCAUGGGAUAAGUUGGCGCUUCGCAGCAUCCAAAGAGAGCUAUCAGAAUUCUCGUCAGAUUAUCACGCCACUUUCACAGACACCAAUUACAGGAACCACCAGCGGCAUGCUUCGGGUAACAGACCAUCAAAAAAGACACUGAAAGAUGCUGCGGUUCCUUCAGGGAAAAUGUCCAACAUCAAAAAUGUGAAAUCUACUGUCAAAUUAAAGAAACUUAUUAUCAAAAACCUUUUCCUCCACAGCGAGUUUAGUCCUUUCCAAACGUGGACAGAUUUGAAUAGAUUCCCAUUUGGCCAGGAGGACAGAGUACCCUCGAUUCUGGCUGCAGAUAAUAUACCUAAAUGGUGUGAUUUUCCCUUUUACAAGGAGCUGACAGAGGCACGGAAGAAGGAGGAGGUCUGCUCUACAAAGGAGGCGCAGACAUGCCAGAAAACAGCCACUGAACCACCUCCUGUUGCUCCUAAAACUGUCCCUCCUUCACCAACAAACAUCCUACCAACACUUGUGGCCACUCCUGCCGACACAAGGAGUUUGUCUGACAGUGGUGAUGGCAGUGCUGCCCCCUGGAGGCAAAACAGGUGCAGAACAAAAAAUGCCCUACCAGCCGACCAGCCAGAAACACUUUUACCAUCCCAGGAGAACUGUUCCCAAAAUAUUGAAGACAGUGUUUUGCCAGACAAAAAAGAAUCUCUGGAAGUGAAAGCAGUUGAGGAGGCCAGUUCUUUGGCUUCUACUCCCUUCAGCAUUUGCCAGCUGAUGACUCCUGUCAUUCCCUCCAGACAGCCCACAGAAACAUCAGAGAUCCUGCAGGCCAUCCUCUCAUCCACUGCACUUGAUCUCCCUCUGAGGCCAAACUCUGAGGCCCAAGUGACCUCCGAACUUCCAGCCAAGCGUCACGGCUACAAAUCACUUGCCUCGAGCAUCCUCUUCAACCUCAAAGACAACAGGAAAAGGGUGAAAAGCCAUUACAGUCCACCUAAAUUCAAACAUCCAGAAGUGCCUGAGCCAGCGCCACAAUCUCCAUCAUCAAGUCAUCUCAGACCUUCACAAUCUGGUUCUGAAGACAAUACAUCCAGUUUAAGCCCUCCUGUGAUUCUGGAUGGACAGACGGUUUGCAGUCCUGUUUUGGAUCCAGGUGUAACACCAGCUGUUGCACUUACAACGCAUGACAGUGACAGGCCUCCUUCAGAAGAUUAUUCAUUGUCAAAUCUUCUGCACACCAAAAGGGAGGGUGCACAGAAUGAAAGUCACAGAGAAGAGAAUUGCUCCUCAUCUGUUACACCAGUAAAAAACAGCAAAAGUCUCACGGCUAACAAGGAAAACUACCCUUCUCUCAGUUUAUACCAAACAGCCAACCCUGGUGACUCAGAAAUCAAGUGUGCUGAGGUUCCACUGAGCCCUGGUGCUCCUGUAGACCAACAAACUUGGGAUUUGGUAUCACCUACGUGUCCUUCAGAAAUAUCACUAACAGAUGCAGGAAUUUCUCCAAAUAAUGCAUUUAAUUUUACAUCAAACACGUCAAUGGGUAAAAGACCAAGUUUGCAAAACAAUGCAACACCAUCAAAAGAUGUAAUAGAUACUGGAGCACAGCUAGUUGGGUCCAGAGUACAAAAUGGUCACAGCAAACCCUUGAUGGAUGUGAUCCGAGCAGCGAAGGAAGCAAUAAAUGCAGCCAAGAGUAAAGCUCUGUCUGCUCAGUCAGAGACCAUCACUAAGACUGUGGCCGAGAUACAAGAACCUGGAGAGAAAGAAACAGGCAAGCAAAUUAUCUCUUCAACGGAACUGCUAGCUAUCAAUAACCAAAGUGCCAACGAGUCGCCUCAAACUACAACACAGGUCAGCAAAGGCAAAAAAGAGCCCCCACCCGUUCCAAAGAGAAAUUUUACCAAGUCUGAUAUUCAGUUCAGCCUUGACAAACAGCAACUCUUUAGCCCUGACAGAUACGUUGACUUCAAACCAGAUUUACCACCAAAGCUUAAUGCGUCUCCACAGGAAGAUGCCAAGCUCAAACACAUAUUCUCAGCCAGACAGAACAAUUACAUAAAAUAUCACAGGUAUGCUGUGACAGGCAAGGAACAAGGAGGGGAGUAUGAUAAAGGUGAUCUCAAAGUGAAGGUCGGACUAGAGAAUGAUGAAGAGAUGGUAAGUGAAACGAGAGAUAGUGAGCAUUUAAUUAAUGACUUGUCUGCUUUAAAAGAGCUGGAGAGAGCGAGACUUGAGCACACUCACAGGAGUGCCAAGAACAAACUAGAAGAGGAGGCAAAAGCUAGGAAUGAUUUGAUCUCAAAAGAGCUGAGGAACAUUAAGAAAGGCAUGCUUUCUAUGAGAGGGAACACGUCAGCAAAAAGAGAAAUAUUUGCAAAGAAAGAGAAGGAGCAGAGGAAGCACGAGAUGCCAGACAGGAAGGUCAUUGUAAAUAAAGUGCUUCUCAAUGACAAUUACAACAAAGCCAAAAUGGCGCUUGAAGAAAUCAUCUCUGAAAGAGAGAAGAGAAAGAAGUUAACAGAUGAAAGUCCAAUUUCUGAGGAAAACUGUAGUGGGAAAAGUUAUGGAGGGAGGGCGGAGCAAUGUGACAAAGACGCAAAUGUUUCUGAGACAGCUGCCCAGAAAACAGACGGUGCUGACACAUCCACAGUAAAAGAGACUGACUUGAAGGAAAGGUUAGAUGAUCUACGAGACCACAAACACAUGAGACAGAUACUGUCCCAAACUGAACCCAGACUUGACGAAACUCACCGAUCAGGUGGAAGGGUAGUGCUACCGGGCAUGGACAGGGAUGACAGUGAGCUAAAAUUGCUCCAGAAAAACAUUCAGAACCGCUGGAAAAAUGAGCCCGAUGAACUUGCUGAUUAUCCACAAUUUAGGAGUAAUGAGUUGAAAGAGAUAAGUCUGAAAUGUUUAAUGAACCGCGAACCUGAAAGCAUUGAUACGCCUCCUGUUCCUCCCAGGAGCAAAAAAGGAGGAAAUAGAAGAGACAUAAGUAAUAUGCAAAGUUUACAGGAGGAAGUCGAAGAGGUUGUUUUUACUAAUGAUGUAAGGUAUGAGAAUAGAGGUACCAAAAAACAGAACAACAACUUGAGUCAAAACAAAAAUACCCCAAAUCAAAGUGAAAUCAGUUCCAGAAAAGAGAAAUGGGAUCAAGCAAAUGAGGAACUGUUAAACUCUGUUGUUCAAAUUGAGGCAGUUCAGGGUGAGUCGGAGUUGAAGUUUUGGAAAUCUGAAAAUAGUGGAGCUGAAACUGAGUCAGAUAACUGGCAGGUGGACACAAACCUGACAAACAAAACCACAUCUGAAAACAAGAUUACACAGGGACUUUGCAAGGUCAAGUGGAAGGCCCCGUUAAAACCAGAGCAGGUAAAUGCAGUACAUGAGACCCUGACUCAAAACCCAGUAGCAGAAGAGGCUGACAAGAAAAUCAGAGUUUGGGAUGAAGUAAAUGUUGAAGUAGAAGCCUCCAAUGAAAUCUUAGGGAAUACAAUCUCACCCUUGCUGCUAGUGAAUGGCACCACUGUCAAUCACAGUCCACCUGAUCAAGCUAGUUUGUCCUCAAAAUCAUCCUAUUUUUCGGCGGAGAGUGCACUGCACAGAAACACUGAGACGGAAUCAAAUGUUUACCACUCCAUGGAGAAUUUGACUGGAGAGAUCGAGGAGGUUCACGAGGCAACAAGGGAAGUUUCAGAAAGCAAGAAACAGGAUUCAGAGAGGACUGAAGUGGAAUAUUAUUCUUUAAGUGACCAUGAAAGUGAGUUUGAGUGGCAAAUAAAAGCUUCUGAACAAGAGAAAAAAGCAUUGUACGAGGACGCCAAAGAGACAAAAGGUGAUCCUGUGAGUCCAAGUUUAACUCGAGAGGAAAAUAAUCAGACACCCUUGUCGACCUCUAAUCCCUUCUCACCAACUUUUGGGAUCCCUGCCUUGUUUGUAGUCAAAGAUAACACUUCCAUUAAUAAAAGCAAGAAGUCUGUGCACACUUGGCCACUGAGAGAUAGUCUGGUUGACUCAGCAAAGGGAAUGGAUGAGACUCAUCAAGUAAAGGAAACUGCAGAGCUUCCACAAGCAAAUGAAAAUCCCACUAUAGGCAAUACCUCUGAGAUUUUGUCAAACUUAUCACCUGCAGCACCCAUUUCUUCAAAUCUGCAAAUUGAAGACCCAAAGAAUCCCCAGGUUGGAGGGUUCCUCCCUAUUCCACAAGAGGAAGUCAGAAAUUCUGUGAUAAGUCCGUCAUCUGAGAGAGUAGAAAGUGCAACAACCAGCACAACUGAUGAGAUGGGAGUGAGUGGUGCAGUCCUUCUGGAAAUGGUUCCUAGCAAAAGGUCAGGAUCCACUUGCAGUGGUAAUGACAGCCAAACAGGGCUGCCCAAACCACCAGCUGUCCUUCCAAAAUCUGAAAAGGCCAUUCUCAGAGCCAUGAAAUUGACCAACAGAAGGAUAAAGAAGGAGGUGGCUCAGAAUAAGUCAUCCCACAAGUCUUCCCAAAGCAACAGCAAACACAAAUCUGAGAGUGUAACCUCAACUCAGAAGAGCAGCAGCAGUAGAAGUGGCAGGGGUAGUGAGAGAAAAAUCAAAAGCAGCAAUGAAAGGAGUGAGCAUUCCCUGGUGGAACAAAGAGGCCAAAAUGCUGAAAACCACCAAGAGGACAAAACGGACACCAACAGGCAGAAGAGCAAAUGGCAGAGUCACAAUGCCGUCAAAAGCAAGAAGCAGAACAUUGAAGGACUUCCCAGUUUAGCAACAGAACAGCAAAGCAGCAGCGAGCAUGGAGAUAAACUAGAACAAAGACACUGCAGUGGUGACAGGAUCAUCAGCAAUGUACCCGUGUACAAAGCUCAGGUUAGUCACAGACCCAAUUCCAACAAGCCAUUCCACCGAUCACAAAGCACGGAUCAUUAUGUAGGAAACAAAGCAGAGCGGAGACUUAGUGCUGUGUCAGUCAAUGUGAUACUUGAUCCAAGGAGCCAACGCACUGAGAAAUCCAUCAUGGAUGAGCUUCAGCAGAGAGGUCGAGCUAGAGACCGGCCGAGUCGAGACAAUCCACUGAGGAGGAGUCAAAGUAUUGACACAUACAGCAUGGAGGGAUCUUACCAUUCAACCCUCUCUCGCCAGUCUAGCCACAGUAGCCACUUGUCUCGCCAAUCCAGCACUGAGCACACCAUUGUUGCACAAUCCUUCCCAAUGACCCAACGAAAGCUCCUCCAGGAUCCUGAAUCAGGGCAACUCUUCUUUGUAGACAUGCCCAUCCAGGUCAAGACAAAAACAUUGUUUGACCCUGAAACCGGAAACUAUGUACAGUUGCCAAUCCAGCCCCCAGAAGGAGCUGUUGUUCCUCAGCCAUCCACUGUGGAAGUUUUGAACACGCCACUGGUUGUUUACCACAGCUUUGUACCAGUACCUCUGUCCCCCAUGGCUCAUAAAUCUACAAUCCACGCUCCUCAUAUGGAGGAGCUGGAGCAAAAACACCUGGAGAGAUCAAGGCAGCUGUACUGUACAGAGGGUCAUCCAUAUUUAGAGCCCCUUUAUGGUCAACAUGAUCCCAUAAUAGGCGGGUUCUUGGGUACUGAGGAGCUGGACUGUGCAAGCUGAUUAAUGCUUUUUCUUUAAAGGCAGAAUCCACACUUUUCUUACACUGUAGUGAUAUGAUGUUCAUUGCGUUCCAUGUUUUAUUUUGUGGUGAAGUGCUCCAAGAUUUUCCUUUAGUAUGCACAGUUGAAUCCUUUGGGGGGCACAUCAGCUAUGCCAGGGGAGCCAGUUGGUGAUGGGAUGGG